AUGUCGGAAGGCUCACUCGACAGUACUUUUGGUGCAUUCCUCAUUGGUGCUAUAGUCUCCGCAUGCUUAUUUGGCAUUACAUGCACGCAGACAUGGUAUUAUUACGGUCAUUACUCCGAUAGUAUUUUCAUCAAGGCCUUGGUCGGCAUUGUUUGGACUUUGGAAGCUGUGCACGCUGCCUUUGCAUGUCAUGCCGCCUACUACUAUGUCGUGACACAAUACGGGAAUGUGGCAGGACUGUCUGAAGCGACUUGGUCGACGUCUUUGACCUUAUGUGUAACGGGGCUCAUAACUUUGGCGGUACACUUAUUUUAUGCUCGGCAACUAUACUUUGUGUCGAACCGCAAUAUUCUCCUGGUGUCAGCUCUUCUCUUCCUCGCACUCGGCCAACAUCUAGCGUGUAGCGCAGCGGUUGCAGGAUAUAGGUUAGUGCUGAACGUACAUUUCAAUAUCGUGUACCUCACCGACGUCUUCAGUAUGAAGUUGAGGUAUUAUGAUCUGUUUGAGACACAGACUAUGACUAGCCUCCUGAAGGCCGCAAUGUGUUUUUAUCUAGCAACAGAUUUCCUGGUCGCUGCAUCACUCUGCUACUAUCUCCACGCCAGCCGGCCAAUCCACUUCAGCACCGACAACCUCAUCAAUAGACUCAUGAUUUACACCAUUAAUAAUGGUCUCCUCACUGGAGUAACGGACCUCCUCGUCAUAGCCUUUAAUAUAGCUUACCCUAGCAAUCUCGUAUAUCUGUCCGUUUACCAAGUUGUGGCGAAUCUAUAUUCGAACUCCUUCCUCGCCACAUUGAAUGCCCGAAAACCUACGAAGAUGACAUAUAUUGACAACUUCUCUUGCGAAGAUAAUUCUGCAGUCAUCAACAACCUUGGUGCAAAUAUGUCACCUUUGCGAGAUCCCUCGAACAUAGUACAGCACUGUCCCCUUUCUCUUGUCCUUGAACCAACUGAUUGGUUACUGGGCCAGCCGCACAUCGAUAUUCAUAUUACCACAACCACUGAUACAAUCCGAGACGCAGGUAGCUCUUCUCCCGAAUUUGAACCCAAACCCAUGAGCCUUUGAAUCGUUUGUGAGCCGUCAUGAUUAUUGAAUUGUAUAUCUCGACAUUUCUCUGCUUAUAUUCACUUAUUCGUUGCUCAUGCUAUGUAUUUAUGGGAAUUCUAUAGGAUUCACACCUGAGCGAUGAAGUUGACUUACUGGCGUCUCAUAGCGUCUCAAAGUCUGAACACUGAGGUGAGGGGACUAACCUAGACCCUGUAUCGCGUGGUGGCAACGAUGUCCAGUUUAUGCCACAAAAUCGCACUCUCAGGUAGUGAAACCGAGAGGUUGUGUUGCAAUUCAUUGAGUUGUGCGCUGGAGGACGGGUCGAAGAAGACAACGGAAUCGUUGGAUAAAGACUCGAGAAAGCGUAGCUCAGCUGAAGAAGAUUUCGCUGUCACAUUCUUUUAAAUUCGAGUCGGUCAGGCUAAGGUCUCAGAGGCACUCGAACCAC